GUUCGCGCCAAAGACCACCAUGAUUCCGUCCCGUGGGCCCUGGCCGGAAUCCUUUCCUUUUUCUCAUGACAGCAACGGACGAUCAAGGCGCCAAACGAGGAGCCGUGGCGUGUUUGCAGGGAGAUGCCUUACAACACUGCCGGGCAAUCACCUGUCGUUGCAUCAAUGUUGGCAGUGAUAUCUCGGGCGCCAUUCCUAUACCGCUACUUCGGACCUGGGCGAUGUCAGCAUCACACGACUGCAGGAGGUGAUCCUAGCAUCUGAUGAUGUUCACCUUUGACGGUUUCAUUGUCUUGUUGUACGGUUUCUCCACGUAUCCGACACGGUGCCUGGCAAAAGUACUACAUCGAAGUCAGGUACCAUACAUUAGAGAUUGACGAUGAUAUCUCGAUGCCAGCAGUCUCCGAUCAAACCUCUGGCGCUCUUACGAUAUGCAUCCUUAUCACCAGGGAUAUACCUAUCGCCUUGAUGAUGCGAUCCGAUUAGUCCAUCACUCUAAACAUCCAUGGACCUAACCAAUAGAAAAAGCAAAACCUAACUACCAAUCGCUAUUAGUCUGAAAUCAACAAAAGUUAACCAAUAGCCUCUACAGCCCCUCAAACAUGAAACGACGCCCGCGACUACGCCGAUUAGCUCGAAAACAUAUCCGAGGCGC